UUUUAAAUCAAAAUUCCAGAAACCGAUGAGUUUGGUUUUGUUGUUGCCGUCCAUUUAUUAUUUUUGCGUUUGAAAAUCGGAUAAAAUCUGGUGCUGUUGACUGGGAUGAUUUCAUUUCGUUGUUGACUUGCAAAAGUUUUCAAUUUGUCGGCGUGUCUUUUCUUGCUUGAUUUUAAGCGAAAACGAAAACACAGAAAAAAAAGAUGAUUUGUUUACGUUUCGAGAUCGUUUGAUUUUCAAAUACUUACCUUAAAAGAAGAGAUUUUAUUGCAUGCGAUGAUGGAUGAAACGAAGAUCGUUUAAAGAAGGGAGCAGGGAGGUUCAGAAACUUAAAAAUGCUCCAAAUUCGGCUUCUGAUUUUAGUUGUUGCUUUGUCAAUACUACAAAAGAAGUUUUGGUGCAUUCUUGCAAUAUCUGGAAAUUCUUUCAAUUGAGGGAGCGUUUAUCUAGAAUAGUUCAAUAAUGUCACUAAAUAUGGAAUCUAAACAACGUACACCAAGUGUCAUAGCAAGAUUAAUGGGUCUUGAUGAGCUGUCACAUCAUCAGCCUGUCCAGAAAAAGCAAAGAGUGCUUUCUGAGAAUUAUCUGAGGAGAGUUGCUUCUAUUGGUGUAACAGAGAAGCGCCACUCUCGGUUGAGCUUUGAAGAGAAGAAAGAACUUGAGGAUGUAGUUGAAGUACUAGAAAAAUUAAAGAGAGAGAAGGAUUACAAUCUGUCAGUUAAAAAGGGAAAAGGUAACUUGAGUUCUUCAGAGGUAAAGAUGGCAUUCAUGAGCCAAAAGUUUGUAGAUGCAAACUCAGUGGAUAUGCAGCUUCAUUUUUUAAAGGGAGGACAUGAUGCACUGGGAGUUGUGGACUAUAAAAAGAACCCGUCUGCAAAAGAUCUCCAGGAACCAGAUUCUUUGAUCACCAAGCGUCGCCAUGAUCUGCAAGGCAUUCAUCACUCUUCUCAAUCUGGGCGCAUUAAGGUCUUGAACUCGUCCUAUGCUUCUUAUUCUCGAAAGACUGACACAUGCAACAAAUCUGGGAGGGGAGUUGACCAAGGAAGUGUGAAAAUGCUUCAGAAACUUGGUCUUGGUAAUAUAGACAAGUUUGUGAGAUCUCGAAUGGAGUUGGAGAAUGGAACAUGCCUUCCCCCAACAAAUAUUGUUGUUUUGAAACCAAACCUUGGAUCUAGUUCUAAUGGGAAUUCUCAUUCAAUUAGUCUGAAGAAUAAAGAAUUUCCUAGUCCUGAAAAAGGGGAUAUAUAUGUUGAUAAGCAAGAAAGGAAGAAUUUGCCUAAAGAUGAGGAACCUGAUAGACUGAUUUCCAGACAAAUAGGGCAUGGCAAAAACAAAUUGUCCAGAAAGGCAUCAAGGUCAGGGAGCGGAGAUAGUGACACACUCACAAAAGAGUCUGGCUUGAUACCAUUUUCUUCCCCUAGUUCCUCUUACAGGAAAAACCAAUACAGGCCCUCAUUUUACCAUUCAGAUAGUUCUUAUGUGGCUAGGCAAGCCAAGAAGGAGAUAUUAGAAAGAUGGAAAACUACUGAAAAGUUUCAAGAAGUUGAAGUAGGUGAUAUGUCCAGAACUCUGGGUGAAAUGCUUGCCAUGCCUGAUCAUGAAUCAAGGCCCAGAAGUUUGGAUAUCAGGCUUGGUGGGCAGGGCAAUAGCAGCAAGAUUGGUCUUCACAGUGACCACUUUAUGAAGCGUCUGGAAUCUGCUAAUAGGUUGCAACAGAGAUUUAGGAAGCAAGGUCAUAAUCAGAAAGAUGGUUCAUACUCUAUAAUCUCAGGAUCCAGCUGCAUGAAGUCUGGAAAUAGUUGCUUGGUACAAGAUGAUCAUGUGGUCCAGGGUGAGCUGAAGAGAAAAGUAGAGGAGAAAGAUCCAUGUGAAAAAGUAUCUGUGGUUUUUAACUCUUCAAGUUGCAAUGAUAUUUGCCCUGUAUCAGAUCACAGAUGCACCAUCGGAGAGAGUAUGGCUAUUCAGGAAGAGUUGAAGGACAAGAUUGAGAAAAAAGAUUUUUCUGGACAAAAUUGUGUUGUUUCUGAGUCAUCAUCAGCAUUCGUUGUUGCCUCUGACAGUAUGGUUUCCGAGAUGGUGACUGAUGCAGAAAAUGAGUUUGUCAGUAGGUCUUCUGAAAAUCACAAGGAUCAGGAUUUUGAACCCACCGACUGCACCUCAUUAGUGGAAGAUGACGAUUCUUCUUCUCAAGUUCCAGAUACUUCAACUCAACAGGAUAUGUCAUUUGGAAUCUCUCAAGAAGAUUUCUUUUCUUCAAUAUGCUCUUGCAUAGACUUUGAAUCUUUUGUGAACUCAGAGGCAGCUCAUCAGCCUAGUCCAAAUUCAGUGCUUGAACCACCAUUUGAGAAAGGGAUUCCAUCUAGCCCUGAAUGCUUUCAGGGUGCCAAAACUGAUUUGCACGGUUUGCAGCUGCAACUUGAACUAUUGAAAUCAGAGUCCUUGGAAGCGUACUCUGAAGGAGCUGGGAUGAUUGUGUCGAGUGAGGAUGGUUCUGAGGAAGGAUCUGUACACAAUUCUGGGGAUAAUGGGGAGUUCAUGAGAAUAUUCAACGUCGAAGAGAGCAGGGACUUCUCCUACCUUGUUGAUGUCUUUACUGAGGCAGGUUUUCAUGGUAAGAACUCAGAUCUGGGCUAUGAGACUUGGUAUUCUUCUGAAUUCCCAAUGAGACCUGCAGUGUUCGAGAUUCUAGAGAAGAAGUAUGGUGAGCAGAUGUCUUGGAAGAGGUCAGAGAGGAAGCUUCUGUUUGACCGUAUAAUUUCAGAGCUGGGUGAUAUUCUCCAGACAAGCAUUGGGAUGAACUGGACAAAACCUGUAUCGAGAAGACUUUGCUUUAGGAAGAGUCUCGAGGCAGCUGAGGAAGAGCUGUGGAUGUCGCUUGUUCGUCAUGAUAAGCAAGCGAACAGGGAUUCACCUGUGAAAGUGCUGGGACGGGAUGAUGGAUGGUUAGAGUUGGGAGAUGAUAUUGAGGUAAUUGUUACAGAAAUAGAGAGUUCGUUGAUUGAUCAGUUAGCCGAAGAGGUUGUUAGCAUUGAUACUUUUUGAUAGGUAUUGCCUGUGUUUCUGGCAGUUUUAGCAGACCAUCAUAUUUGUUAUAUCAGUACCACGAGAGUUUUUGCAUGCAUAUAAAUAUAAUACAUUUUUUCUCAAAUCAUAUAGAAUCAGAACCACAGGAUAGGAAGAGAGAGAGGUUUUUUUCUUUUUCUUGUUUUUUCCCCCCUUUUUUCACCAAUUCAUUUAUGAUUUAUGUAUCCUCAAGACCACGAGAAAGUGAUGUAAAUAGGAAAAGUUUUGAUCGAGUGAGGUUUGGAAUCACUGUA